AUUAUAUAUUAAGUGUAUAUAGACAUAUUUUAUAUAUAAAUAAAACUUGUUAAUUUUAUGUGAUAAUGAGUUUACAUCAGUGUCUUAUUAAUACCCAUAUAAGAAAUCAUGCAUACGUCUUAUCAAGGCGCUAUGUAAAAGGUUUAAAUCGUCCCACAGCAGGAAUAAUUGUUAUUGGAGAUGAAAUAUUAAAAGCUCAAGUAAAAGAUACAAAUUCACAUUACAUAUGUAAUUUAUUAUAUAAAUGUGGUAUUCAAGUAAAAAAGAUUUCUGUUAUAAGCGACGAUGUUGAAGAAAUUUCAAAAGAAAUUAAAGAUGCCUCCAACAAAUACACUUAUGUUAUAACAUCUGGUGGAAUUGGGCCAACACAUGAUGAUGUUACAUAUAAAGGUCUUGCCAAAGCUUUUAAUGAUAAGCUACAUUAUCAUCCUAAAUUAGUAGAUAUAAUAAAAAAUCAUUUUAUGAUCAAUGAUGCUUUAUCCCCUGUUUAUAAGAUAGCUCAAAUUCCUGAAAAAGCAUCUCUCAAAUUUGGUUUAAAUACAAACAAACCAAAUAGUUUUCCAUACAUUACAUUAGAAAACAUAUAUGUAUUUCCUGGUUCACCUGUAUUUCUUGAGAAAUCCUUUCAAAAUUUGUAUGAGGAAUUGCUUUCUACAAACAAGAGAUUUGUAAAAGAAGAGGUGUUUAUUGAUGCUAGAGAAGAUUUAUUUGCAAAUGCUUUAUCAACUGUAGUAAAAGAAUUUCCCAAUGUUUCUUUUGGUUCUUAUCCAGUGAACAAUUGCAGGUAUUUUAAAGCAUUUGUAACCAUAGAAAGUGACAACGAAAAUGACACUAAAAGAGCAAAACAAAGAUUUUACGAACUAAAUCCUGCAGAUAUUUUCGUAAAUUUUGAUCGAACGCCGCAUAUAAAUUGUAUUACCAAGUAUAAUAAUUUUCUUCAAAAUUGCUCACAUCGACCGAUUUAUGAGCAAUCUCUUGAAAAGCUUAGACAAUUUUAUCAGAAUCCUGAACGUGUUUUAAUAUAUUUCGAUAGUAGUAUGGAAUCGAGCGUUGUUAUUCAUCUCGCUCAUAUAUGUAAAACUCAAUUACAUUCUGAUAACAAAUUGCAAGUGGUUUACUUCAAAAAGGAGAUGCCGGUUGACAUGGAAGAAUUCAUCAAGGAAAUGGUUGACAAAUAUAAUUUAAUAAUGUAUACCGUGGAAACUGCAGUUGAUAAUAAGAUAAAUAAGAUCGUUCAAUCGCACUUACGGCCGACAUUACUAAUUGGAAAGGUUGAAGAGAGUGGUGAAAGUAAAAUUAACUCUAAUUAUAACAGCAUGGAUAAUGUGAAUCAAUUACAAAUCGAUAAUCCUUUGCACAACUGGACGAAGAAAGACGUAUGGACUUUUGCUUCAUCGCUGUAUCUACCAUGUAAAUUGACAGCUUAAAGAACAAUGAUAUUGUUUAAUCUUUUUAAGGACAAUCGCGACGCGCACCCACAAAAGCACCUUUGUAUUAUCUGUGUGCAGUUUUCAAUAUGUCCGCUCAACCAUUCGAGCAAUGAAACUGGAAUGUAUGUACAUCAUGGAAGAGAAAGGUAUCGGCAGGAUGGGAGAACUGUGGGGCGAGAGUGGGCGAGACCGAGGUAUCUUUUGAGAGUGGGGGCGAACUACAAGCUCGUAUUACACAUUUUUCAGCUGAAGAAAGCCGACUGGUUGGAGAUAUGAGAGAGAACAUCCAGGUUGUCUUCUUUUAUUCCUUCACCAUCCCUGUUCCAUUCUUUUGAAAUUUCAUUCCGAGUUAAAGUAUUCCCACUUUUAUCCGUUGAAACUUUAAAUUGAGAGCGAGUCGCAGUGUCGACGUGUCUUACUGUUCCGUGCUAUAUCGCAAGUUAUUCAUCCAGGCCUUUAUUAAAGCUUAGACUUUUAUCAACCUAUCCUACAUAUAAGCUUAUAUUCUAUCAUUUAAGUCUUUACAUGCAACGAAAGUAAAAAGAUCAGUAAUUUUUAACGCGUUAUAAGAAAGAAGAUACGUGUCGAUAUGCAUGCUCGCACAUACGCAUGGACAUUGUUGUAUACAUUGAAAAAGAUGAGGAAAGAGAGGCCGGUACUAGAGAUGGAAACGAAACGAAACGAACGUAUAUUUCCAGAACAAAUAUUUACGCGAAAGAUGUAUAAAAAGAGCGAAAAUGUGUUUUCUGUUUGAUUUGCGACUGUAUUUUUCUUUCCGAUCCAACGGUCCGCUCCUCUUCCUCCCUCGUCCAGUGCUGCCUUCACUCAGGCAACUACCCAACCUGGCCCAACCACUCACUUAUUCUCGACUAGCUUUCCCCUCUUCCGCGCACUUUUUCAGUUCUUCUCGCAGAUUCUUCGUGCCCGCGCCCGUGGGCGGACAGAGGGCUGAAAGAAAGAGACAAUCCUGCGGACAUAAAUUAUAGAUAUACAUGUUUCACAAGUCUUGAACGAGUUUCAAAUGAGAUAUAUUUGGAAUCGAUGCUUUUUUACCUGCCAAAAAAUACGGCGUUAUUUUCAUUUUCUGCACAAUUCGUCAUUCUCGUCUCAAUUUUCGCUUCAAUCUAUUUUGGUUUUCUAUUUAUUCAGAUCAGAAUGCUCCUAUAUUUCUUGUUACUUUUGCACCUAAUUGUGAGAGCGAGGUCUAAUCUUGGAUUUUGUCGCGAUCCUCCUCGCGCUUUUCCAAGUACGAUAUUUAUUAUUAUACAUUAAUUUCUCAUCUAUCUCGUAGAUCAGCAAAAAUAAAAAUUUAAACUAAUAGCUAUAUUUCCAAUAUCUCGACAAUACGCGAAUUAAAUAUCUUGGUGUUAUUUACGAUACUUACAAUAUUCCAAAUGUGAAGAUUUUUCUUAGAAUAUCAGCGAUGCUGAACAAUUGAUCCUAGUAAAUAAGCUUUACACACGAUAUGGAGAACGUAAAAGUUUAGAUUUCAUAAAUUCCGUGAUAUGCCCGUAUUGACUAUUUAUCAAAAGUUAGCAUAUAUGUCAUGAUGAAAAAUGUGGGACAUUUUAUUGUUAUACAAUGACAAAUUACCAGAAGAAAAGAAAUCACGAAUUCUUUUCUUAUAUAGAUUUCCUAUUUUAUAUAUAUAUAUAUAUAUAUAUCGCAGACAUCACACCAUAUAUAUACAUCAAACCAAUUGAAUAGAUAACAACUUAUGAUAUCAAGCCAAUUACAUUAAUAAUUAAUUUUCCCAAAAAAUUUACACUAAAGUAAUAUAGGUAAUAAUUGACAUGUAUUAUUUAUAAGCCGUUUCUAGAUAAUUCAGUAGGUACAAUAAUGACCUGUUUUCAGAUAAGUUCUGGAUGUCAGGUUCUC